AUGUCCUCUCCGGCGACUACUCGACGACGCGGACAGCCGAAAGGCAUCUCAUCGCCUCCCUUGGAGAAGAUGGAUUCUCCUGCUCGGGGUUACGAUGACGAUAAGACGGUCGAUCAAGCCGCCAAAGGUUCGGCCAUGAAUGGACAUGCUUCUAGCGAAAAGUCCCUGCAGACUGCCGGUCGCAUAGCCGCCGGUCUCUUUUCCCAAUGGAUCACCGUUGGUGUUAUGCUUGGCCUGAUUUUUGGCGGCUGCUGCUCCAAUGUGUAUGCCUUGGAAGCUAUCAUCAAGGUCGAACCUGCAAGUGGAACCCUCCUGACGUUUGUCCAAUUCCUCUUUGUCGCUGUCACCGGCUACUUUUCCCAAUUCGAUCGAUCGAGACCACCGCUCUUCUUGCAGCAGAACAAGGUCCCUCUACGCCGCUGGAUCAUCAAUAUUGUGCUGUUCUUCAGCAUCAAUGUGUUGAACAACCAUGCCUUCAGCUAUGACAUCUCCGUUCCUGUGCAUAUCAUUCUUCGGUCCGGUGGAAGUAUUACAACCAUGGUUGCCGGGUCUCUUUAUGGGAAAAAGUACUCUCGCAUACAGAUCGUGGCUGUCGUUCUCCUGACAUUCGGUGUCAUCACCGCAGCGUGGUCGGACUCGCAGUCAAAGGCAAUCGAGGGGAGUGGCAAGCCCGCUUUUGGGACCGGCCUCGUUGUGCUGUUCGUGGCACAGGUCCUUUCCGCCAUCAUGGGUCUCUACACAGAAGAGACGUACAAACAAUACGGCCCCCAUUGGCGAGAGAAUCUCUUCUACUCACACCUUUUGUCACUACCGCUCUUCUUGCCGUUGGCGCCAUCACUGAUCCGCCAAUUUCGAAGACUAGCAAACAGUCCGCCUCUAUCACUCCCCAUGGCGCAUCUUCCCGGCCUUGGCCUCAAAGGAGACGUUGGAGAUGGUCUCUUCAAACUUCAAGUUCCGAGCCAACUUGCCUAUUUGGUGACAAACGUCGUUACCCAGUACGCAUGUAUCCGGGGUGUAAACUUGCUCGCUGCCGUGUCCUCAGCAUUGACUGUCACCAUUGUCUUGAACAUUCGCAAGCUGGUCAGUCUACUUUUGAGCAUAUGGCUUUUCGGGAACCGCUUGGCUGUGGGGACUCUAGUCGGGGCAAUGAUCGUGUUUGGAGCUGGAGGCCUAUACUCAUUGGAUUCCAGAGCUAAGACCUCUAGGGUGCAAAAGAAUACACAAGCCUUGUUGAAUCCAAAAGACCCGACGUCCGCCUCAACCUCCCCCAAAAGAGGCCCCACGUUCUCGCUCCACGAUGGUGACGCCGACUCUGACGGCGAAUUGGGUGCGCUGGACUCUCGAGGCGACAAUAGCUCCGAGGGGUCAGGGGGGCAAACUCCCGGUGAUGCACCCGCGUCAGAUGCAAACCCUUUGUCGCCCCAUGGCCAGGAACACGAUGGAGCGAGUCUGCAAGACGGCAUGCUUCCUCGGGACCUCCCCACAAGGACCGCCUUCUACGACCCUGUUGCGGACCGCCAGAUGAGCCAGACUGACGCCAAAUUGUUUUACCAACGUAGCCAGGUCGGUCAGCUGAAGACGGGUAGUGGUGUGUGGUCUCAAGGCCAUGCGACACCCCACGGAAGCCCAGUCAUUGUCGGCUCUGAGCAUCGUGACGUUUCUGCCGGCACUCGGAAUCUCGACCAUCCGAUGGACUCAUCUCCCCUAGGUAAAGGACAGGGCCAAGUGAGAGGCAAAGCUGCGGCACACGAAGAAAUGAUGCUGCCGGAACCGACGCAGCAGCAGCAGCAGGCUGCCAGUGCAGAGCAUUUCUCGCCUCCGCGGAACCAGCCUCUUCACGAAGUCGACCCCAGGCUUUUGAAUAGUGAGUUCAGCAAUCUGGGCCUGGGCCACGAGCCUGGCCCAAGUAUUGGCAUUACGAACCAGCCUGCUGCCCUUGGUGUUGCUGCCUUUUCAGAUACCGAUCCGCACAUUACGGCCGAGCUCAGUGCUAUCUCGAAGAAUAUCCAGAGCAUCAUGGACCUACGAGAGAGGUACAUCGGACUUUCUCUCCAAAGGCCUGAUGACAAUCCUAGGGAUGAUCCUACUUGGUCGAUAUACCCACCUCCUCCCCAGCCAGCUUGGGGAGCCGAGCACGCAAGAGCUGCGGUUUCUGUCGAGCAUACCACUAGCAACGCCAAUAGCUUGAAUGGCAGCAUGGUCUUGCCAUCAUCUGCCACAGCGGCAAGUGACCACACAGGCCGUCGGGCACAGGAUUCCGAAGCUAAGCCCACAUCGAAGAAGCGGAAGCCUGGCCAAGACAUUGGAGAAGACUUCGAUAUGCAGGACCUGCUCCCAGUCCCCUCCGCCGACAAGAUGACGUUUAAGCUUGACGAUAGUGGUGUCUAUCAAGUAUUCGAUGACGCAGAGGCCGAGGCGAGAGGAAAUCCGGUUAUUCGGGUUCCUACUAUCCGAGAGUUUUACAUGGACCUGGAUCAAAUUCUGAGCAUUUCCUCAGACGGACCAAGCAAGAGUUUCGCAUUCCGUCGACUCCAGUAUCUCGAAGGCAAAUUCAAUCUUUACGCCCUCCUCAACGAGUACCAGGAGACUGCGGACAGCAAAAAAGUCCCCCACAGAGACUUUUACAAUGUGCGCAAGGUUGACACCCACGUUCACCACUCUGCUUGCAUGAACCAAAAACAUCUCCUGCGUUUCAUCAAGAGCAAGAUGAAGAAGUGCCCGGACGAGGUUGUGCUUUUCCGCGACGACAGGCACCUAACUCUAGCGGAGGUGUUCCAGAGUAUCAACCUCACCGCAUACGACCUUUCCAUUGACACUCUAGAUAUGCAUGCGCACACGGAUUCGUUCCACAGAUUUGACAAGUUCAAUCUCAAGUACAACCCAAUUGGCGAAUCCCGGCUUCGUACAAUCUUCCUCAAGACAGACAACUUCAUCAAUGGCCGCUAUUUGGCAGAAAUCACCAAGGAGGUCAUUGCUGAUCUUGAAUCGAGCAAGUACCAGAUGGUUGAAUGGCGCAUCUCCAUUUACGGAAAGUCCCUUGACGAAUGGGAUAAGCUUGCGGCCUGGGUUGUUGACAACAAGCUUUUCUCCCACAACGUACGAUGGCUCAUUCAGAUUCCUCGUUUGUACGAUGUGUACAAGGCCAGCGGGCUCAUGGACACUUUCGAACAGGUGGUCAAAAAUGUCUUUGAGCCCCUGUUCGAAGUCUCAAGAGAUCCCUCGAGCCACCCAAAGCUGCAUGUCUUCCUGCAGAGGGUGAUUGGGUUCGACAGUGUCGACGACGAGAGCAAAAUUGAGCGGCGCCUGUUCAAGAAGUUUCCCGUGCCUAAGGUUUGGGACUCGAAGCAAAACCCUCCCUACAGUUACUGGCUUUAUUACCUGUUCUCCAACAUGUCAUCGCUCAACGCACUGCGCCAACGUCGGGGUUUCAACACGUUCGUGCUGCGACCACACUGUGGUGAGGCUGGUGACAGCGAGCAUCUGGCUGUGGCUCUCCUUUGUUGCCACAGCAUCAGUCAUGGUCUCCUGCUACGCAAGGUUCCGCUUCUGCAGUACAUUUUCUACCUUGAACAGAUUGGCAUCGCCAUGUCGCCGCUGAGUAACAACGCUUUAUUCCUUGCUUAUGAGAGGAACCCGUUUUACCAGUACUUCCGCCGGGGUCUCAAUGUCUCGUUGUCGACGGACGAUCCACUUCAAUUCGCUUUUACAAAGGAGCCUCUCAUGGAGGAGUACGCCGUGGCAGCCCAGAUCUACAAGCUAAGCCCUGUGGACAUGUGUGAACUCGCAAAGAAUUCAGUCAAGCAGAGCGGCUUCGAAAGUGCGAUUAAGGAGCAGUGGCUUGGACCCAACUUCAAGCUUCCGGGCAAGGCAGGUAACGCCAUGGUAAAAACCAAUGUGCCUGAUCGCAGGGAAGAAUUCAGAUACCAGACCCUGAGAGAGGAGCAUGACAUGCUUCACAAGUACAUCAACUACGGUGCCAAUGAAACCUCUGACUCGGCCGUCACAGCUGACCAGCAGAGUGUGGCCCAAAGCAUCAUCGGUGGACACCACCCAGCAGUGCAACGCGGGCCGGCCAGCGCGGGUGUUGACAGUGCCGCGGGUAACGGAGGUGGCACGCAGACAGCGGUGGGAGGACCCAACAGCGCAGCGGUCCUUGAAGAUGAUGUAGUUGCCUCCCCUGCCAGUCUCGCACCUUCUGGAGAAGCGUCGUGGUCAACUGACGGCCACACCUCGGGACGAGAUCCUAAAUUGUUUCCUGGUGUUUUCAGCCGGGGUAGAACAGGGAGCAGCCAGUGA